UCGCGCGUGGCUUCUGUAGGAAGUGGGAGCUUCUUUCGCCCAUCUUACGCGUUUUCCGUUGGGAAAAUGGGCACCGGCUGUCAUUUCGUUGAUAAGUGUUGAUAAGAAAAUCGUUAGAAAGAGAAAGAAAAUAUUAAUUUUGAAUCGAGCCGUAAUGAAAUUAUAUAACGCGAUAAUCGUUGAGUAGAUUGACGCCAGUAGUGUCUAUGCAUUGCGCUAAGAACGAUGCCUUUACAGUGCCAUGAAAAUCUAUGUUGCCUCACUGUUUACAGUUUUUAUUUUUCGUGAAAUGCAAAGGAAGUAGCGCAUUUUACGUGAAAAUACGCAAUUCUUAUAUAUUUAUUCGUCUCGGGGAGGGGGGUGAAGUUCGUGACUGCAGCUGACAGUUUUCCCGUCACGUCGCACAUAUCGAGGACCCCAAUCUUUGGUCCUACACAUCGCCACUCGUAUUGAAGCUUGCUGGAUUCUUACGGGCAAGAUAGAACAGAAUGGGUUCCAGUCAACAAUUUUCUCUUAGGUGGAAUAAUUAUUUAAAACAUAUUACAUGUGCUUUUGAUACAUUAAGGACAGAUGAAGAUCUCGUUGAUGUUACAUUAAGCUGUGAAGGCAAGCGGAUCAGAGCACACAAAAUGCUCUUAUCAGCAUGUAGCACAUAUUUCAGAGAUCUUUUUAAGGAAAAUCCAUGUCAACAUCCAGUUAUAAUAUUCCGUAAUGUAAAAUUUGAUGACUUAGCAGCCUUGGUCGAUUUUAUGUAUCAAGGUGAAGUUAAUGUUGUUCAAGAACAACUUGCUAGUUUCUUAACAACAGCAGAAUUGCUGGCAGUUCAAGGUCUCACUGAUGGUACAGGGAAGGAUAAUGAUGGUUUGGUUGAGGAUGAUUUAGAAAUUCCCAAUGAACCAGAAAUACAACUACAAAAUUCUUCUAUAAAAUCUACUAUGGAUGUCAAGAGAAGUAAGUCACCUUCUUCACCCAUGCCAUAUCAUGCAGUUGAGUUGCAAACUGAAACUCCACCUACAAAAAGACGAAAAUGUCGUGAUAACACGAAUACGAAUGCGGAUAAAACAGUCAGCAAUGCAUUAUCUGGAAAAGACUCAGAAAAUAAGAUAUCAGAUAAUCAAACAAUACCUGGUUCAGAUCCUGUUGAAAUAAUUCCUUUGAUGCCAAAUCUAAAGCUAGAAAUGCCUGAAUAUUUGGAACAAGAUGGUAGUAGUUGCAGUUAUGAAGAACAAAGUAUAGGAGACAGUUCAUUAAACAAAAUUGGAAUAGAAGAUACACCAUCUAACACACCUGAUCAUGAUCAAAAACCAGACAUUACUCAAACUUUUUAUACGAGUAAUCAAUCUGUUUCUGAUAGUUUGGAUAGUAAACAUCAGCCAGCAGAUGUUGGACAUCUAUUAUCAAAACCCAGUACUUCCGGAGAAAGGCUAGCACAGGAAGCAGUACAGGAUUCACGCACGGUGGUCAUCGAACAGCCAUCGCACUCGUGCAAACUCUGCGGUAAAUCUUUUUGGAAUCGGGACUCGAUGUAUAAGCACAUGAAUAUGCACAAGGGGACGACCCAAUGUCCGGUAUGUCACAAAGUUCUCAGCCGUACGACACACAUGAAGCGACACUUGAGAAACCGCCAUGGCUGGCUCGGUGUUGGCACCACUGCCGCUGCCGUCGCCGUUGACACGACGACGACAGUAUCAGGGAAUGCUGCUUCUGGUGCUGGUAUUUCUGGUGGUGGUGGUGGUGUUGUUGGUGGUGUUGGUGGUGUUGUUGGUGGUGGUGGUGGUGGUGGUGGUGGUGGAGGAGGAGGAGGAGGAGGAGGAGGAGGUGGUGUUGUUGGUGGUGGUAUUGUUGGUGGAAAUUCAGGCGGCGGUGGUAGUGGCGGUGGUGGAGGAGUAAGUGGUGGAGGUGGUAAUAUUAGAAAUACCACCCCCAUCACUGUUUCUUCGGUUGCGGCAGCAGCUGCCAUAACACAGCAACAACAGGGAGUCUCAGGAACUACUGGGAGUCCUGCUAUUGAGUCCACUGGGACUUAUACAACUAUACGGAUUAGAGAAAGCAGCGUUGAGAGAAUCACCUCUAGUCCUAUUCCUUAGUGCGCGAGUACACUUAUCUAUCAUGGGAAAAACAAAUAACUCCGUCGACGUAAGAGAGGUUUUAUCAAUUAUUGAAAAUAUCUUUAUUCUUUUUUUAGUCUCUCUCUCUUUCUCUCUUUCUCUCUUUCUCUCUCCCAUCAGUUUCUUUUUUUCUUUUUUUUUUCUUCUUUUUUACGACUAAAUUAACUAUUGUUAAUCCUCUAUAACUCUAAACAAAAAGUUAUAUAUUAACUUAUGCUAUAUGACUGAGGAUAAUAUAUUUACUAUCGAUUUAGUUUGAAAUUUAAUUUUAAAAUUAACAAAUCGAUUUAUUUAUCUAAUUUCUCAUAAUGUUUCUAAAUAAAAGAUACAAGCUGAUUCUGAUAUAGUAUUUAUAUGAAACUUUACUAUUAUUAGAUAGAAUACUUUUUGUAUCUAUAAAUGUCAUAAAAAGAAAUCUGAAAAAUGUUUUAAAUCAAGUCUACAAAUUGUGACAUUCAACGUGCUAAUUAAUAAUUCAUUUUUGAUGAAUGAAUUGCAUGGUGUUAUAGAGGAUUAUAUUUCUUUGUUUUAAUAUCUUAGAGGGCUCUAAUCCAACAUCACUGUUCAUUUUUAAAUAAUUUAUCUUUCGGUCCUUCCAUAAACUGAAAGUUCUUCAACGUGCAAUGUCGAGAUCGCAAUGAACGUUCUCAUUAGUCAAUUUUCGUGCCAUCGAAAUUAUUUUUCGAUCACCAAAGAAAGUUUCUUAAUUCUAACCAAAUUUAAUUACUUUCCAAAGAUUUUCUAAUAAUUAUUAUAAGAUUAUAACUUUAAUAAUUGCGAUAUAUAUAUACGCAAAGAGAAUAUAAUAUAUAUAUAUAUAUAUAAAAUAAAUAUAUAUACACAUAUAGUAGAUGUAGAUAUAAUUAUAGAAAAUAUAAUUUUCUUUUAAAAAUAAGAGCGAAUUUAACCUAGAUAUUUCUUUUUAUUUUAUUUUAUUUUAUUUUAUUUUAUUUUAUUUUAUUUAUCUUUUAUUUUUUAUCAGGAUUUUAGAGCCCUCGAAAUUGCCUUCACCUUCUGUCUAUAUAUAAUUUUAUAUAAAAGUAAAUAUAACGAAAAAAAAAAAUAGCAAAAUUUUGCAAAUCACUUAUUUAUAGCAUUUAAUAACACACUCUUACGUUCGUCGGAGUAUUCAAUUAUUAUCGAUGCCUAUCUUAAACUUCACACCCUAGUCAUUUGUAUACACACAUAUAAUAUGUGUGUAUGUGUGUGUGUUCGUGUAUGUAUAUGUUUGUAAUAUGUGUGUAUAUGCACGUAAAUGAAAUAUGAAAUGGGGAAAAUAAAAAAAAUGAAAAGAAAGAAAACUAGAAAUGUACAGCAUACAUACGCGGGUACAAGUUUUGUAACCAAAGAUAUACAAAACAAAAAGAAAUAGAAGAAGGGGAAGAAAAAGAAGAAGAAGAGGAAGAAGGGGAAAACUAAAAUAUAACAAAAACAAACAAAUUAUUUUAUCUAGUCAAAUGAGUUGGGUACUUAAUAGUAAAUAAGGAGGAAUGUGCAUUUUCUUGUUGUAUGCGAUAUAAUAAUUAAUAAUAUUAAUGGAUGAUUGCAAUACUGUACACAGUGGAUCGUCGGGUUAUAAUAAUUGGGACGAUUAAAAAAUUCAUUAAUAAGUAUAAGGCGAUGAUGAUAAUAGUAAAAAAAAAAAAAGAGAAAAAAAGAAAUAAGAAAAAAGAUCUGAUGAUCCUAUGCAUAAUGUAAAAAUGUGCUUGGAUUCUCACAUCUCAUGCAUAAUUAACUGUUUACUCUAAUUUAUUGUUUAUUUCCUUUUUAUUUUUUUUUAUUUUUUUUUGUUGUUGAUACCAUCUCGAUAUUUUAUUUGUUAUGAACCUUGCAAUGAGUAAUAUAAUUACUUCAACAUUUUAUUCUUUUUUUAAAUUACUAUAACGAGCUUCAAAGGGUUUCAUUAAAAAAUUUGAAUUCGUUAAAAAACAAAAUCUAGUCAAUGAUUAGCAAGGAUUCUGUUAAUAGAUAAUUAUUUAAACAUUGUAAUUGUAAUUCCAACGAUUAUAUCUAUAUAAAUGUGUCUUCUUCUAAUCUAUUAUAAUAUCUGCUACGAUAUCUUAUUUUUGUUCUGUUAUUUGAUUGUACAUCACUUCUUUUUUUAUCUUUCUUUUUUUUCUUUUUUUAACAAAAGAUUUAGAAUAUAUAUUUAGAAAUAUCUAUAGUUCGAUUUUGUCCCUGACAAAAACUCGUUUAUGCGAUCUACGUUUAUGAUAUUAAAUAUACUCAUAUAUCCUAAUUUUAAGCACGGAGACUUGCCAAAUAAACGCAUCUUGGCAUGUGUAAUAUUAUGGAUUAGAUUCUUUCUGUUUUAUUUUUAUUAUUUUUUUUUCUUUUUUUUUGUUCGUAUACUAUCAUUUAGCGAAGAGUUUCAAAAAAAAAGAAAGAAAAAUAGACACCAUUGUAUCGUUUAGUAUAUUAUUUUUCGUUUGUUCAUUUUGUUGCUGUUGUCGUUUGUUCUCUCAUUAUUAUUAUUAUUAUUAUUAUUAUUAUUAUUAUUAUUAUUAUUAUUAUUAUUAUUAUUAUUAUUAUUAUUAAUUUUUUUGCAGUGUUUAAUUUAAUUUAAAUUUUACCUCUCCACAAGAGCGCACGAAAUUAAUUUAUUAACGUGAAACUUUAAAGUUUCCGUUUCGUGCAAUAAACAAAAGAGGCUAAAUAAGAUGCUAAAAACAGACAAUUAUAAUUCGCUAUGAUCUCUCUCUCUCUCUUUCUCUCUCUCUCUCUCUCUCUCUCUCUCUCUCUCUCUCUCUCUUUCUUUCUUUCUCUUUCUCUCUCUUUCUCUCUCUCAUUAUGGUUAACUAGUGUUAACAUCAUCGUCAAUGUGAAAUGCAGAAAAAAAAUUCGUAGUAUAAUAUAUAUAUAUAUAUGUGUGUGUGUAUAUAUAUAUAUUAUAUAUAUAUAAUAUAUGUAUAUUAUAUAUAUAUAUAUUAUUAUAUACCUUAUAAGAAAACUGAUCGUGAAAAUGAUUCGACAUAUAUAAAAUUAUUCUUAAUGACGAUUUAUAAAUCGAAACUAGUUACAAGUUGCCAUAGAAAAAAGCGUAUUGCGAUUAUGCUAAUUAGAUUUUAAUUAUUUUACGAAUAAGUCAUGCAUGAAGUUUUCUUCAAAUCAGAAACUUAAGUUUCAUUCAUUCUAUAGUUUAUGAUUAUAUACUUAUAUAUAUGUAUACACAUGAAAACAGAUAGACAGACAGACAGCAGACAGACAGAUCCAUUAUGUAUCUUAUUUUUACGUAAAUCUUAGAUAUACGUAUAUACAAUUCAAUAUAUUUAAUUAAAAAGCGGUUGUCCGAAAUAAAGUUUUAUUUUAUUAUGAAGGAAAUAAAUAAAUGAAAAACAAAAGGAAAAACAAAGAAAAAAAAAGUGUGCACAUUCCUCGAAAGCCACAAUACAAAAUAAGUACAAGAUUUGCCACGUAUUAAUUUAGAUGAUUGAUAUUUCUUUAGUUGAUUAUUUAUAAAAAGAAAAAGAAGCAUAUUAUAUAUAUACAUACAUAUAUAUAUAUAAUAUAUAUAUAUAAAAUAUUAUAAUAUAUCAUUACGUAAUCCUACGUUUUGCUUAACCAAGCUAAUAAUUGUAAGUGAACAAAAAUAUGUGUGAAUAAAAUGUCAAAAAGUACGAAUUCAUCAACGUGAGUCCUUUCCUUGAUAUCGAAUAUCCGUGUGUAGUUUCAUUUGCGAUACUAAUUUUUAUUGUUUAAUUAAAACAAUUGUACAAUUACAUAAUUCGUGUGUGUGUGUAUAUAUAUGUGUGUGUGUAUAUAUAUAUACACACACAUAAUAUAUUCGAAGAAUCGUUCUCUCACGAAAAUUUGCACCUGACGGUGUUUGCGCUUCUAUAUUAUCUUUACGAAGUAAGUAUAAACAAAUGAUUACCAUGUAAGCGAAAAUUCUGUGAAUUAUCAUUUAUUAAAUAAUGUAUCAAAUGAGAAAACGAUGUAUUCGAUAGUAAUAUUAUACAAAGCGACUUCGUCGUUUUAAUCUAACAUAUGUAUGUAUAUUUAAAAGCACAGAAAUUAUGCGAUUUAUUACUUAUCUACACGUUUAUCGAAAAAGCAUGUUAUGCAUAAAAGAAAAAAAUAAUAAUAAUAUAUUAGAUUAUAAAACAUUAUACUUCAUAUAUUUAUAGUACUAAUUCAAGAUAUUAAACUCAAAGGCUGUUAUAUAACUCACUUUUAACAUAA